AGUGUUGUAUAAAAGCUGUCCCGGAGACACGUGACUCCUCUCCACCGACAGCCGCUGCGCCGCCAUCAUGGACACGAGCCGUGUGCAACCCAUCAAGCUGGCCAGGGUCACCAAGGUGCUGGGCAGGACCGGCUCUCAGGGACAGUGCACGCAGGUGCGCGUGGAAUUUAUGGACGACACAAGCCGCUCCAUCAUCCGCAACGUGAAAGGCCCGGUCCGUGAGGGCGAUGUGCUAACAUUAUUGGAAUCAGAGCGAGAGGCUCGGAGGUUGCGCUGAUCUUGGUGCUGGUUCCUGGAUCUGUACUGCUCGGCCUACAGGAUGAUCUGCACUUGUUAAAUAAAUAAAGUGUUUGUAUUGUA